UAUGUGAGACAGAAAGGAUGAAACAAGUAGAAGGAAACAGGUGUGUGAGCGAGGACUCAAGGAAGAAGUUAUUUUCGCUGUCCUCGGUGACACAAGGGGGCUAGUUAGGAAAACCCCUAGAGAGAGAAAAAAGGAAAGGGAAGACGGUGUGAGGGAGAGGGGAUGAGAGAACCACCCAAACUUCCCAAACCACCCUAUCAAGCUGCGCUCUUGGAAUUGGAUCCCUCCCUCGUUCACCACCUGAGAGCAGAGAAACACAGUUGUGCCUCAGAGAGGAGUGAGGAAGACCGAGAGAGCUAAACAAAGAACAGGUUAGAGCAGGAGAAGACAGCUGAACUUUUACAUUCAAUGAACUUGCCUCUCAAACACAAGAAGACUCGGAGGUUGUACAUUUUGUAGUUUAAGAAGAAGAGUGGGAAAAGGUGAACCUGAACUCUCAAGAGAGCCUGUGUAUCUGGAACAACAAAGCAAUGAGCUCACUGUCUCGGGAUUGAAUGAACUCAACAUAAAUCCUUGUGAGAAGAAACUGGAAACCAAAAUGUGGACAAAAGAAGAAGCAUGAGAUGAAGAAAGGGAAAACCGGGAUUUUGGGACUACCUGAACACUUUGUUUAAAACUUUUUUUAAAGUUAUUUUUUUAAUGUUUUUUUUAUUUUAAAUUUUUUACCAACUUAGUGUCAAACCAUCAUGUAGCUAGUUCUGUGGAUGGCCAGGUUUUGACAGUAGAGUAACGAGGAGUGGGCUGACAUAGUGGAGAUAUGUCUCUUGAGGAUGUAGGAAGCACGAACGGUCUUGGGGUUGAAAGCUGUGCUUCAGACCACUUCGAUGGCAAAUCUCUGAGCCAAGGUCAGGACCCGGAUCUGGAGAACCACAGCCAAGGCCAGGAUGGCAUAUUUCUGGAGCAUAUCGCCUCUCUGUCGAUGGACAUGUUUGACGCCAGUGACUUUACCGGGAGGUUCAGUAAGAUCCAGUCGAGGUCCAGAAAGCGGACAAGAAUAAUCGGAGCCUCUCCCGUGGGUCUGAAACCACCACUCCCGCCAGUCAGUGGAACCUUGGGAGAGAGAAGGGGUCCUGUCGUCAUGGCGCCCGUCAACGUGGACCCUGAGAGUAAGCCGGGCGAGUUCGUCCUGAAAAGCCUGUUUGCCAACUUCACCUUGCUCUCCGAACGCAAGAUCCGCAUCAUCAUGGCCGAACCGCUGGAGAAGCCACUUAACAAAUCUCUACAGAGAGGAGAGGACCCACAGUUCGACCAGCUCAUCAGCUCCAUGAGUUCUCUGGCCGAGUACUGCCUGCCGUCCAUCCUGAGGACUCUGUUCGACUGGUACAAGAGGCAGAACGGCCUGGAGGACGAGUCCCACGAGUAUCGACCCAGGGCCAACACCAAGUCAAAAAAUGAUGAACAACAGAAGGACUACUUGUUGGAGAGAAGAGAUCUGGCAAUAGACUUCAUCUUUUCUUUAGUGCUUAUAGAGGUUUUAAAGCAGAUCCCACUCCAUCCUCUUUUGGAUGGACUCAUCCAAGAAGUAAUAAACCUGGCCUUCAAGCACUUCAAAUAUAAGGAAGGGUAUCUGGGACCCAACACUGGCAACAUGCACAUCGUGGCUGACCUCUACGCUGAAGUAGUGGGAGUCGUAGCUCAGUCCAGGUUCCCAGCAGUGAGGAAGAAGUUCAUCUCCGAGCUAAAGGAGCUGAGGCAGAAGGAGCAGAGCCCCUACGUCAUCCAGUCCACCAUCAGCCUCAUCAUGGGCCUCAAGUUCUUCCGCAUCAAAAUGUACCCGGUGGAAGACUUUGAAGCCUCCUUCCAGUUCAUGCAGGAGUGUGCACAGUAUUUCUUGGAAGUGAAGGAUAAAGACAUUAAACACUCAUUAGCCGGACUCUUUGUGGAGAUACUUGUACCUGUAGCUGCUACUGUGAAGAAUGAGGUGAACGUGCCGUGUCUUCGAAAUUUUGUAGAAAGUUUGCACGACACCACACUGGACCUGUCCUCUAGGAAGAAACACUCUCUGGCUCUGUAUCCGCUGGUGACCUGCCUGCUGUGUGUCAGUCAGAAGCAGUUCUUCCUCAGCCGCUGGCACAUUUUUCUCAACAACUGCCUCUCCAACCUCAAGAAUAAAGAUCCCAAGAUGGCCCGUGUGGCUCUGGAAUCUCUCUACCGUCUACUGUGGGUUUACAUGAUCCGAAUAAAGUGCGAGAGCAACACUGGAACACAGAGUCGGCUGACGUCCAUCACCUCCACUCUGUUCCCCAAAGGGAGUCGUAGCGUCGUGCCCAGAGACAUGCCUCUUAAUAUCUUUGUCAAGAUUAUCCAGUUUAUUGCCCAGGAGAAACUGGAUUUCGCCAUGAAGGAGAUCAUCUUUGACCUGCUGAGUGUUGGGAAACCUGCCAAAGCUUUCAGUCUGAACCCAGAGCGUAUGAACAUUGGUCUGCGGGCGUUUCUGGUGAUAGCAGAUGCUCUGCAACAGAAGGACGGAGAGCCUCCUAUGCCCAACACAGGAGCCACCCUGCCCUCUGGAAACUCUCUGAAGAAGAAGAAAACUUAUCUCAGCAAGACGCUCACUGAAGAGGAAGCCAAGCUAAUAGGUAUGUCCUUGUACUACUCCCAGGUACGAAAGGCACUGGACAACAUCCUCAGACAUUUGGACAAGGAGGUUGGACGCUGCAUGAUGCUCACCAGCGCUCAGAUGCUCAACAAAGAACCAGAGGACAUGAUCACUGGUGAACGGAAGCCUAAGAUUGACCUGUUCAGAACGUGCGUGGCUGCUAUUCCUCGCAUCCUCCCUGAUGGCAUGUCCAAACCUGAGCUCAUUGACCUGCUCUCACGACUCACUGUGCACAUGGACGACGAGCUUCGUCUCAUUUCCCAGAACUCCCUGCAGAGCCUGUUACUGGAUUUCUCAGACUGGAGGGAAGACGUUCUGUUUGGUUACACACAUUUCCUUCUACGUGAGGUUCAAGACACACAUCAGGGUCUGCAGGAUGCAUCUGUGAAGCUUCUCCUCCAGCUGCUCACACAGUGGAGGUUAGCUCUGCAGCUCCAGGGGAAGACGCGAGGCGGAGUCGAGUCAAGCCCCAGACUUCCAGAACGAAGCCCUCAUUGCUCAGUGCUGCAUGCGGUGGAGGGGCUGGCUCUGCUGCUCCUCUGCUCGUGUCAGAUCAGCACAAGGAAGCUGGCGGUUGGCGUGUUGAGAGAAAUACGUUGCCUCUUCACAGCUCUGGGACAUGCUGAGGAUGAUGACAAACCAAUGAUAGAGGUCAUGGACCAGCUGAGCCCAGCUGUAAUGGACAGCUUCGUUCAUGUGGCUGUCUCUGACUCGUCCACCUUGCCGCUCAACCACCACGUUGACCUCCAGUGGCUCGUGGAGUGGACGGCUCGACUGGUGAGCAGCUCCUAUGACGUGAAGAGCCCGAGCCACGUCUGGAUCUUUGCCCAGUGCCUGAAGGACCCAUGGGUGCUCUGUCUGCACAUCUUCUUGCGGCAGGAGCACCUGCCCAAACACUGCCCCAUCGCCCUGGGAUACGCCUGGCCCUACGCCUUCACACGGCUACAGCUUCUACUUCCUCUGGUUGAUCCCAACAGCCCGGUGAACGCUAAGAAGACCAGCACGGCGGGCUCCAGUGACAACUACAUCUCACUGUGGCGGAACUACCUGAUCAUGUGUCUAGGUGUGGCUAAGCCCAGCAUCAUGUCCCCGGGUCACCUCAGGGCUUCCACACCGGAGAUCACAGCCACCACGCCCGAUGGCAGCGUCACCUACGACAACAAGGUGAUAGGCACUCCCUCAGUGGCCUGGCUUUUAAAACAGCUCGUCCCGCUGAUGAGAGCUGAGAGUCUGGAGAUCACAGAGUCUCUGGUUCUAGGAUUUGGAUGCACGAACGCUCUGGUCUUCAGGGAGCUGGUGGAAGAACUGCAUCCACUGAUGAAGGAAGCACUGGAACGUAGGCCAGAGAACAAGAAACGCAGAGAAAGGAGGGAUCUUCUCAGGCUGCAGCUGCUGAGGAUUUUUGAACUAUUGGCCAACGCAGGAGUUAUCAGUGACAGCACCAACGGAGCACUGGAGCGUGACUCCCUGGCACUGGGUGCCUUGUUCCUGGAGUAUGUGGAUCUAACCCGGAUGCUUCUGGAGGCUGAGAAUGAGAAGGAGCUGGACGUGCUUAAAGACAUUAGAGCCCAUUUCAGUGCGAUGGUGGCUAAUCUCAUCCAAUGUGUUCCUGUCCACCACAGGCGCUUCCUCUUCCCUCAACAGUCUCUGAGACACCACCUCUUCAUCCUCUUCAGCCAAUGGGCUGGACCCUUCAGUGUCAUGUUCACCCCCCUUGAUCGUUACAGUGACCGCAACCAUCAGAUCACUCGCUACCAGUAUUGUGCUCUCAAGGCUAUGUCAGCAGUUCUGUGUUGUGGACCAGUGUUUGACAACGUGGGUCUCUCUACUGACGGAUAUCUCUACAAAUGGCUUGACAACAUCUUGGCCUGCCACGACUUACGGGUGCACCGUCUGGGGUGUGAGGUUGUGAUCCUGCUCCUAGAACUGAAUCCAGACCAAAUCAAUCUGUUCAACUGGGCAGUGGACCGCUGCUUCACUGGAUCGUACCAGCUGGCGUCCGGCUGCUUCAAAGCCAUUGCCACCGUGUGUGGUAACAGGAAUUACCCAUGUGACCUUGUGACCCUGCUCAAUCUGGUUCUGUUCAAAGCCUCCGACACCAGCAGAGAAAUAUAUGAGAUAUCCAUGCAGCUGAUGCAGGUGCUGGAGUCUAAGCUGUGUGCGUACUCUAAGCGGAUGGUGGAGCAGAAGCCUGGUAACAUUUUGUAUGGAACACACGGCCCCCUGCCUCCCCUCUACAGCGUCAACCUGUCUCAGCUCUCCAUCCAGCUGGCCAGCAUGUACCCGGAGCUCACGCUGCCUCUUUUCUCAGAGGUGAGCCAGCGUUUCUCAACCACCCACUCCAAUGGCAGACAGAUCAUGUUGUCCUACCUGCUGCCUUGGCUUAGUAACAUUGAGCUGGUGGACACGGGGCUCCUACCCCCUGCUUCAAGCCCCUGCACACCAGAGGAAGAACCUCGUGGUCAGGCGCGGGGCAUGAGUCUAUCCCCAAGUCUGAGAGGUAACGGCUGGGGCUCUCUGCAGGCGACCUCGCUGGUGCUCAACAACCUCAUGUUCAUGACCGCUAAGGUGAGAAGCCUUGUUUGUGAAAUUACUCUUUGUCCCAGUGACAUCUCCUGCCUUUUAACUGAUGUUUCUUUACAUCGUCAGUAUGGAGACGAGGUUCCUGGCCCAGAGAUUGAAAACGCCUGGAACGCUCUCGUGUCCAACGAGAGGUGGAGCAACAACUUACGGAUCACCCUGCAGUUCCUUAUCAGCCUGUGUGGAGUCAGUAGUGACACUACACUGUUGCCUUAUAUCAAGAAGGUGGUGAUCUACUUGUGUCGCAACAACACCAUCCAGACUAUGGAGGAGCUCCUGUUUGAGCUGCAGCAGACAGACCCAGUCAACCCAGUGGUGUUGCACUGUGACAACCCUCCCUUCUACCGUUUUGCUGCCAGCAACAAAGCCUCCACCUCACAGACCGGCACCACCUCCAGCAGUAACACUGUGGUGGCCGGUCAGGAGAACCUGCCAGACACAGAUGAGAACAAGCUGGUCAGGGAGGAAGAGCGCAGGGCGAGGGCGCACAACAGACUCGAGUCUCGUUACAGCAACAGCUCUGGAGGUUCCUAUGAGGACGAAAAGAAUGACCCUCUCCCACCAUAUGCUGGUUGGCUACUGAGUGUUCUGGAGACCAACCGUCCUCAGCCGUUACCAAUGCCAGUUAAUGGUGGCUGCUGGGCUCCUCUGGUUGACUACCUCCCAGAAACCAUUACACCUAGAGGACCACUGCACAGGUGUAACAUUGCGGUGAUAUUCAUGACUGAAAUGGUGGUGGACCACAGUGUGAGAGAAGACUGGGCUUUGCACCUGCCCCUGCUACUCCAUGCCCUUUUCUUGGGUCUGGACCACUACCGGCCAGAGGUCUACGAACACAGCAAACGCCUCCUUCUCCACCUCCUCAUCGCCCUCUCCUGCAACAACAACUUCCAGGUCAUAGCCUCAGUUCUGAUGCUGACAAGAGAGAUCAGUGACAACAAGACGCUCACAAUCAAGUCCAGCUACCACACAGAGUACCAGCAGUCCCGUGCACCAGACUUCCUGCGAGAGUGGCAGGCCUCUCCAGUGGCCGACUCAGGCCUCUGCUCCACCUCCAACUCGUCCUCUGCCAGUCUGGGGGGCGGCAGCACUGCGGGCAGUGUUGGACAUCUGCCUCUUGUGACCCCUGAUGACCUGGAGGAUCUUGAAGAUGCGUCCAAUGAGACAGAUGAGAAGACAAACAAACUCAUUGAGUUCCUCUCCACAAGUGCCUGGAGUACUGUGUUGUUGUUGCUCAGAGCGUUUGGGCCGCUGUGGGUGCACGAGGACAUCACACCAAAGAACCCCAACUCCAAGAGCUCGGAGCAGCUGUCCAACUUCUUACGGCACGUCGUCUCUGUCUUCAAGGAGUCCAAGUCUGACUUCCACCUGGAGCAGGAGCUGAGUGAUGUGGCUUUACAGACAGCUCUGUGCAGCUCCUCGCGUCACUAUGCCGGCCGCUCUUUCCAGAUCUUCAGAGCCCUCAAACAGCCAAUCAACAACCACGCCGUCUCUGACCUGAUCUCACGACUGGUGGAGGUGGUCGGAGAACAUGGAGAUGAGGUGCAGGGGUAUGUGAUGGAGGUGCUGUUGACGCUGGAGUCAGUGGUGGUGAAUUUAGCAGAAUGUCUGAAGAACAGCGACCUUAUGGCAGCUCUAACCAGGACGUCCUCACCAGACUUUGUGACUAGUGAAAAACUGAUGAACAGGAAGAGCACGGGCCAGUUGAACUUCCCUGGCCCAGGAUUCGUGGGGUUGUCAUCACAACGUCAUCAACGCUCCUACUCCGUCCCCAAGAAGUUUGGUGAAUGUAACAACCCGUCGUUCGAUCCUCCUCGCAGUGCAACUCUGGAUCGCAUACAGGCCUGCAACAGUCAUGGCCUCUCCCGAUCAGGAAGAACCCCUGGCUCCUGCACGUCAUCCACCAAUCGUAUCGAUCCCAGUGUUCUAUCGGACCCCGCCCACGUUUCUCAUCCCUCAUCGAUACUGGCCACGGUCUUCUGGGUGGCCGUGUCACUCAUGGAGUCAGACUUUGAGUUUGAAUAUCAGAUGUCACUCCGUCUGGUUCACAAGCUGCUUUCAAAGGUUCCUUUAGACAGAGCGGAGAACCGUGAGCGCCUUGAGAAGCUUCAGGCUCAGCUGAGGUGGAGCGGCUUCUCUGGGAUUCAGCAGCUUUUGUUGAAGGGUUUUACCUCCCAGUCCACUUCCGACCUCACCUUGCAGCUCUUCUGCCAGCUCACGCCAGUGUCCCGUGUGCCUGUGGUGGACAGCUCACAGUCUAUAGGUUUCCCUCUGAACGUGCUGUGUCUGCUGCCUCACCUGGUGCAGCACUUUGGCCACCCCACUCAGUUCUGUAAAGAGAGCGCGGAGAGGAUCGCACAGGUGUGUUUGGUGGAGAAGAAAACCAAGCUGUCACAUUUGGCCCAUGUGAUGACGCUCUACAAGACGCGCUCCUAUACGCGAGACCCUUUCUCCUGGGUCAGUGUGGUUUGUCGCUACCUCCAUGAGGCUUUCUCCGACAUCACACUGAGCAUGGUCACCUAUAUGGCUGAGCUGUUGGAUAAGGGCCUUCCCAGCAUGCAGCAGUCUCUCCUCCAGAUCAUCUACUGUCUGCUCAGUCACAUGGACCUGACUGCUGUUCACGUCAAACAGUUCAAUGCUGAUGUCACCAAGACCAUUGAGAAGUUUGUCCAGACCAUACACUGGAAGGAUGCUCUGAACAUCUUAAAACUCGUGGUAUCACGUUCUGCCAGCCUAGUUCAUCCGACGUACGGCCACACGCAGGGUGACCUUUCCAACCUGGAGGUCAGCAGGGUGUGGGACGGCUCAGCCAAGGCUCUGCCUGGGAAAACACUGGACUUCACCUUCGACAUCUCGGAGACUCCAGUGAUUGGCCGUCGGUUUGACGAGCUCCAGGGUUCAGGGGGUAGAGAGGGGAAAGCCAGAGCCAUGGCUGUAACCCGCAGCACUUCCUCCACGUCCUCUGGAUCCAACUCCAACACCAUCCUGGUGCCCGUCAGCUGGAGGCGACCGCAGUCAUCUCAGAAAAGAACCAGAGAGAAGCUGGUGAACGUUUUGUCUCUUUGUGGACAAGAAGUUGGACUCACUAAGAACCCAUCUGUGAUCUUCUCAUCGUGUGGCGACUUGGACAUGAUGGAGGUGCGAGAGAGUGGCGUUUCAUCGGAGGAGGGCGGAACUAGAGAUGACACACUCGAUGACACCACCAGUGAGCAGCAGUUCAGGGUUUUCAGAGACUUUGACUUCCUGGAUGUGGAGCUGGAGGACGGAGAGGAGCUCCAGGGCGAGACUGUCGAUAACUUUAAUUGGGGCGUGCGUCGGCGAUCUCUGGACAGCACGGAGCUGGGGGACCUGUUAGAGGAGAGCCAGCACUCAGGCAGCACCCCCAGCCUGGGUCACGAGGACCCCCACGAUUCGGAUGAGUCGUCGGAGGAAGAGGAGUCUUCAACCAGCCAGAGCCUCUCUCACUCUCAGCUCACUAACCCUUCUCCAUCAGAGGAGACAAAUCACACUGAUUCUCUGUCGACUUCUUAUGACACAUCUGCCGAUCCACUUUCGCUCAAUGCCAUCACACCGGGCCAUGGGGGCCUCAUUGAUGACCUCAGCGGCCUACAUGGGAGGGUCUAUGGUGACGAUGAGGACACCCAGGCCCAGGACGACGAGCUGUCCCUGAGCACCAACGAGCUCCCUCACGGCUCAGACUGCGGUGAGAGCUUCACCCUGGAGCUGCCGGGGCAGCAUCAGGAUCAGCUGCCCAACCUGGACCACCGCCUCAACCCAGACUACUGCCAACCACCGCUGGACUUUCUAGACCCCAACUGUCUGCCCAGCUUACGUGAUGAUGUAGAUGACUUGGAAGACCUUGGUUUUCCUCCUCCCCCUUCUCCAUUUUUCUCCGCCAUCUUGGCAGCCUUCCAACCCACAGUGUGUGACGAUUCCGAGGAGGCGUGGCGCUGUCAUAUCAACCAGCUUGUGACAGACUCAGAUGGGUCCUGCGCCGUGUACACGUUCCAAGUCUUCUCCUCUCUCUUUAAGAACAUCCAGGGUAAGUUCUGCACCCUGACGACUGAUGUUGCUACUUACCUGGGAGAGGGCUUGAGGGGCAUUGGAUCAAAGUUCCAAAGGUCCUCACAGAUGCUAACUACAUGCUCCGAUUGUCCCACAAUCUACAUCGAUGCUGACACGAUCAUGUCCUAUGGUCUCCUUGAAAAGAUGAAGUUCAGUGCGCUGGAGCUGCAGGAAUACCUGGACACCUACAACACCAAAGAGGAGGCUGCUGUAUUGUGGCUGAGGAACUGUAAGGACACAUUUCCACGGUGUCCUGGUGACAGCGUAGUUGCAUGCCAGCCCGGAGACUCGGAGGAGAAGCAACUGGAGCUUUGUCAGAGGCUCUACAAGCUGCACUUCCAGCUUCUCCUCCUCUUCCAGUCCUACUGCUCGCUCAUUGGUCAGGUUCAUGCCAUCAGCUCUGUGCCUGAGCUGCUGAACAUGUCUCGAGAGCUCACCGAUCUGAAGACCAGCCUGCAGGCGGCAGAGGCAGCAGUGGCCAGCGACCUGGAGCAAAAGCUCUUGGCCCACACUCACGCACACGCCACCCAGGCAGCAGCCGUGGUCGUGCCCAGCUUCCCCACCUCAGAGGCAGCCGUUCAGGCCAUUCUGGAGUGCCUUAAGAACCUCGAGUUCACCAAAGCUGUGCGCUACAUCCAGGAGUGCAGGAGGCAGUGGCCCAGUGGAGUGUUCGGUGGCAGCUCAGAGACCGAGGUCCAGACGCUGCUCAACAUCUAUUUUCGCCACCAGACGCUGGGCCAGACAGGAACCAUCGCCCUGGUCGGUUCCCGCCAGGACCUCAGCCUGAUCUGCUCCAAGCUGCUGGAACUCAACGGGGAGAUCCGCGACAUGAUCCGCCGCGCCCAGGGUUACCGGGUCAUCACAACCUACCUCCCCGACUCCAGCGUUUCCGGGACCAGCCUCUGACAGGACCUCAGGAGCUCCCCCCCACCCCUUCCUUCCCCACCCUCACCUCCCCCAUCACUGCAGCCACUGACCCUUCCAAGACCACCUCCACCUCCGUCUGCUCUGGAAGAGGAGGCCCAGCACCCUCAUACCUGGCCUUUGCCUCCUCCUGUGUUUCUGCUGCCCCGGAUGCACAGCUCCAGGCAGAUCCCUGCCCACCGCCCCGCCCCACACUAGAGCCAGAACCACAUUCAGAGCGUGAGCCAGACUUUUCUCUCCUCUCCUCAUCCUCCGCUGCAGACUCCGAUUCCUCUUGGCUUGAUUUUGCCAAACCUCCAGACCUUUUCUCAUCACAUAGCUGCUCAAACACCACAGGCCGACCAGAUUUUAAUCUGCCACACACACGAGAGCCAAGGAGGAGUUAUCUUGACGAGAACACUAAUCUUUAUUAUCCUUUCAGAGGACGUUCAUCACACAGAUCCCCGCUGUCACAUUUAAACAGCACCAGACACUCGAUAUCAUCUCUAACAUCAGACACAUUGCUGACUGUAGCUUCAGAACCCACCUUACUUUCACACCAUGACCCAAACGCCUCGCCCAUGCCCCCACCCGGCUCCCAUCUCCCACACAUCCCCCGCUCUCCAUACAAACACUCCAGCCCGUCCCCAGUUCUGCACCCUGGCCCCGACACAGUCUUAACCCGUGGCCCUGUCCCGUCUUCAUCCCUCCUCCCUCCCCCUCCCCCUCCUCCCCCUCCUCCCUGCCCCACCAGUCCAGGAGAGGCUGCAGCGUGGGGUUGUUGCUGCUCCCUCGGUGGAGCCGCUACGCCCCUAUCUCGCUACCUGGGGAAGGUGGGGCACGCCGCCCUGCCCCUAUUGAACGUAGGGGGGCUCCUGAAUGCUGAACCGUCAGACGUUCAGACCUGAGACGUCUAAACUCACCAUGACAGAGAACUAAUUACUUCUGACCAACCCUAAGAUCUCUCAAUCUGAAAAGGAGAAGAUGACACACCAGAGACACUUGGAGAUUUUAACGGUUUAAGAAGAGCGACUCAUGACCCAGAAAUAAUGGGAUGUAUCACUGAACCCACUGGAUACUACAAAAUGCUGUAUGCUGUAUGCUGACAAAGAUGACCUGAUGUUAUUCUAUCUGAGAACGAGCUUCGCUUUACAGCUACAUGUUGUGAAACUGAUGUGCGUCUAGUUGAAGUUCUCAUCAUUCAGCACAGAAUCUGCUCAGCUCAGAUUUCUAACUUGCUUCCAGAGGAACUUGAGACCUGAUGAACUUGAUUGACUGCUACUGCCUCUUUCAGGAAGGACACCAUUGGCUGGUUGUAUCACCAGUGAGGAAACUACCUGCGACACUGCGUUCUAUAACUGGUUACAGUUUUCGCUAUUGCACUAAAUGGAAUUUUGGUAUUAAAUAAAACAAUGUUACAGGAGGGCAGCUCGCUACUGUUUUUGUUACUGUGAGAGAAAGGGCCGUCACUUUUACCGAGAGGGAAAAGCCAAAAUCUGGAGUAACUCUUCUCUCCUGUUGUGUCUGCUGUUUUGAGAAACCGUGCAAUGCAUGACGCAGCUGAAUGCUUUCUACUGUACGCCCACAUCCCUUCUGCUCCCUGAGAGUCUGCCCUCUCCAGACUGACUGAAAAGACUGAUUGAGAAAGAGCGGAUGCAAAAUAUUCAAGAGUAAUUCCUAAUGCUGCCCUUCGCUCUGUUUAUAUUCUGUGUCAGCUUGUCCUCCGGCUACUGUUGUAAACAAUGGUGGACUUAUCAUGCCGUUAUCUGUGCGUGACGCACACUCCUCUGUGGCUAGUCGUAGCAUCAUUAGUGAGUGUGCACACUGUAUAUAUCUCCCUGUCCGACACUGUAACACUUUGACCUUACAUGUUCACAUGCCAAGAGGACGGUGCAUGUAUACACUCAAAUAUUUUUGUCUUUUGUCUGUAUACUGUUAAUAGAUAUGGGCACACAACCAUAGUAGCAUAUGUUUGUGUGUGGUUUGUAGUUACCUUACACGUGAGGGAAGGCUGACAUUCAGCGCUCUCUGUUGUUGUUCAAAACUAAACUCGUGCUACUACUGAAGUUCAACACUUCCUGUCGUCUGCCACUUUUUGUGACUCUCCUUCGUUCCCCCCCCCGAGCAGUCACUUCCCCUUCGCUGUACAAAUGUCUUGUCCCUAUUUAUAUCUGAUCAGCUAUAAAUCAACUCAUUUGACCUAGGUUUUAUAUUGAUGUUUUGUCCUCUCAAACUGCCAUGCAUGCAUCUUCUGUGUACUGUAUGGAGUGUUGGAACUAUUUAUUAACAAUCAUGUUUGUAUGAGGUACAAAAGGGAGCUUUGAGCUCAUGCGGGUAUGUGUUUUCCCCCCCAGUAGUGUGGGAGAAUGUGUGUGUGUGCAUGCCAAACAUGAAAUUGCACAUUUUUAAAGCUUUUUAGAUGAAGACUGUAGUUGUUUUUUUCACCUUGUAAAUACUUUUACAGCCUUUGUGAAGUUGUUUUGAGUUGAUGCUCUGUACAAGUCGGUGUCAAAGUAAAGACAUAUCAAUUA